AUGACUCAUCGCAGGAGGCUGUUCUUGGAGAAGUUCAACAUCAGAAUUGGUUCAAGGGUAGUAUAUGUUGUUGAGAUAGGCCAAAGACUUGAACCGUUAAAGAGCAACACUUUUGAGAAUUCUGUAUCAGCUAGUGCCCAGACUAGUUGUGUAGAACAGGACAAUAGUUCUUCUAGCUCAGAGAGUGUAGAUUCUUUCGACAACUCUAAUUCUGAUAGAGAAGAAGAGAUGGCUGGGAAUAACGAUGACAACCAAGCUUUGGAAGAUUAUGCUCAACUGGGAGUGAGUGAAGCAAGUCUGAGGAUGAGGCUUUUUCCUUAUACAUUGAAAGAUAGAGCAAAGGGUUGGCUAAUGACUUUAGCACCUGGUUCGCUCACCACUUGGGGUACCGUAGCUAAGAAAUUUUUGGAUAAGUUUUUCUCUACUCAAAAGACAGCUACUUUGAGAGGGCAAAUCUUUAACUUUAAGCAAGAUGAUGGAGAACCUUUCAAUGAAUGUUGGGAGCGUUUCAAAGGGAUGUUGCUGCAAUGUCCACAUCAUGGGUUAUCACUUCACUUACAAAUGCAAAUUUUUUAUGAUGGACUAACCCAAACAUGUCAAUCAACUGUCGAUAAUGCAGUAGGUGGAGCUUUGAAGAAAAAAAAUGCUCAAGAGUCAUAUAACAUUUACGAGAUGUUGGGAUCUAACGCUCAACACGAAGAUACAAGAGGUAAACGAGUUGGAGUGUAUGAAAUGAGUUCUAAUAAUGAUCUUGCCUUGCAGGUGGCUAGUUUGGAAAAGAAGCUCGAUUCUGUGCUCAAUAUGGUGCCUAAGAUAGCUGGGUGUGUGCCAUUUGCAACAUACCAGGUCAUCCCAUUUAUCAAUGCUCAGCUAGUGAGGCUUAUCCUGAAUUCGUUCAAGAGCAAGUGA